UGUAACAAGAUGGGGAAAUUUGUAAAAAUACCCAUUAUGGGAUUUAUGUUAUUUUGUGUCUUGGCAAUGGUUAUAGAGGCAGAAAAUAUGAAAUAUAAAGAUCCAAAACAAAAAUUGGGUGUUAGAAUUAAAGAUUUGUUGAAACGAAUGACACUUGAAGAGAAAAUUGGUCAAAUGACUCAAAUUGAGAGGAAAGUUGCAUCUGCUGAGGUUAUGAGUAAAUAUUUUAUUGGGAGUCUAUUGAGUGGUGGAGGGAGUGUACCAAAACCUAAUGCCACAGCUGAGGAUUGGGUGAAUAUGGUAAAUGAUUUUCAAAAGGGAUCUCUCUCGACUCGCCUCGGUAUUCCCAUGAUUUAUGGCAUUGAUGCAGUUCAUGGCCAUAAUAAUGUCUACAAAGCAACAAUCUUUCCUCACAAUGUUGGACUUGGUGUCACCAGGGAUCCUGAACUUAUGAAGCGAAUAGGGGCUGCAACAGCACUUGAAGUCAGAGCUACUGGAAUACCAUAUGCUUUCUCUCCAUGCAUUGCAGUAUGUAGAAACCCGAGAUGGGGUCGUUGUUAUGAAAGUUUCAGCGAAGAUAUUAACAUUGUACGAAGCAUGACAGAGAUCAUUCCUGGUUUACAAGGCGAUUUGCCAGCUAACAUGAGCAAGGGAACACCUUAUGUUAACGGAAAGACAAAGGUAGCAGGCUGUGCUAAGCACUUUGUGGCAGAUGGUGGUACUGUGAAUGGACUCGAUGAAAACAACACAAUAGUCGAUUCAAAAGGAUUAUUUAGCAUCCACAUGCCUGCAUAUUACGAUUCAGUCAUAAAGGGUGUUGCAACAGUUAUGGCAUCUUACUCGAGCUUGAACGGUGAAAGGAUGCAUGCUAACACACAUCUACUCACUGGUUUCCUAAAGAAGAGGUUGAACUUCAGGGGCUUUGUCAUUUCAGAUUGGGAAGGUAUUAACCGGAUUACUAACCCAGCCAACGCAAAUUACACGUAUUCAGUUGAAGCAAGUAUUAUGGCAGGAAUUGACAUGGUUAUGGUACCGAAUAACUACACAGAUUUUAUUGGCAAUCUAACAAUGCUAGUGAAUAAAAACGUCGUUCCCAUGAGCAGAAUCGAUGAUGCUGUGAAGCGUAUACUAAGGGUUAAGUUUGUCAUGGGACUCUUUGAGGAUCCAUUGGGUGAUCUUAGCUUAGCAAAACAUUUGGGCAGCCCGGAACAUAGAGAAAUUGCAAGGGAAGCAGUAAGGAAAUCACUUGUGCUUUUGAAGAAUGGCAAGACAGCUGAGCAACCAUUAGUUCCCCUUCCGAAAAAGGCGGCAAAGAUACUUGUAGCUGGAACUCAUGCAGACAAUUUGGGUUACCAGUGUGGAGGCUGGACAAUAACAUGGCAGGGUGUUCCUCACAGUAACCUUACAGUUGGAACAACUGUCUUAGAUGCUAUCAAGAAAACAGUUGAUCCUGCAACACAAGUAGUAUUCAACGAGGAGCCAGACACUAACUUUGUGCAAUCGAGCAAAUUCGACUAUGCUGUCGUAGUUGUUGGUGAAAAUACAUAUGCUGAAGUGAACGGCGAUAGCUCAAACCUCACAAUACCUGAUCCAGGUCCUAGCAUUAUACAAAACGUUUGCGGGGCAGUGAAAUGUGUUGUAGUCAUCAUCUCUGGACGUCCUGUUGUGAUCGAGCCAUACGUUGAGAAAAUGGAUGUAAUUGUGGCUGCUUGGCUUCCAGGAACUGAAGGACAAGGUGUUGCUGAUGUUCUGUUUGGUGACUAUGGAUUCACUGGUAAACUCGCGCGUACUUGGUUCAAGAGAGUCGAUCAGCUCCCAAUGAACGUUGGCGAUCCACACUAUGAUCCUUUGUUCCCCUUCGGAUUCGGAAUCACAACUCAAGCAGUGAAAGGAAACUAGAAAAACAUGAUUCAAGUGAAGUAAUUUUUGUGUAAGAAAAGCUUCAUAAUAUAUAGUUUUGAUUGCUCCUGGUAGACUAUCAAGCAAAAGAUGAAAAAAUAAAGUAAAUUUAU